AUGAGUCAAAUUAUAGAGAACCCAAAAAUGAGUGCAAGGAAGAUGAAAGCUAAAGUGUCAACAACAUUCAACAUAAAUGUGAGUGUGGGGCAAUGCAGAAAUGCAAAGAAAUUUGCAUUACAAGAGAUUGAAGGAAGUUUAAUUGAACAUUAUGGGAGAUUGUGGUCAUAUGGUGAGGAAAUUAUCAGGUCAAAUCCUGGGUCUACUGUGAGAUUGGAUGUAGACAUCAUGCCAGAUUCCACAACUUUGUUUUCUAAGUUUUAUGUGUGUUUCAAAGCUGUAAGGGAUGGUUGGUUAGAAGGGUGCAGGCCAGUAAUUGGGCUUGAUGGUUGCUUUUUAAAGGGUAUAGUUAGAGGAGAAGUUAUUUCAGCUGUUGGGAGAGAUGCAAACAACCACAUCUACCCUUUAGCAUGGGCUGUGGUAUGUGUUGAGAAUAAAGAAACAUGGAAGUGGUUCAUAGAUUUGCUUAUGGAUGACAUUAAUGGUGGUCUUGGUGCAGGCAUUACCCUUCUUUCUGAUGGACACAAGGGGUUAUUACAAGCAGUUAAGGAAAAAUGUCCAGAAGCUGAACAUAGACAAUGUGCUAGACACAUUCUGGCCAAUUUUAAUAAAAGGUUUACUGGUCAACAAUACAUAAAGUUAUUUUGGAGGGCUGUAAGGGCUAGUACUGUGGAGAAGUUCAGAGGUGUAAUGGAGAACAUCAAAUCUAUUGAUACUCAUGCUUAUGAUUACCUUAUAGACAGAGAUCCUACUACCUGGUCUAAGGCAUUCUUUCAAGAAGGAAGAGACUGUGAUGCAGUGGAGAAUGGGGUCAGUGAGAGUUUCAAUUCUGCUAUUAGGCAUGCUAGAAGGAGACCUAUAAUCACUAUGCUGGAGGAGAUUAGGUUAUUUGUGAUGGAAAGGAUAUACACUCAAAGAGUUGAAGGAAUGGAAUGGGAUUUGCUUAUAUGUCCAACUAUUAGGAAGCGUAUAGAACAUCUGAAGGUUAAACAGAGAUUGUGGGGAGUUACUCCUUGUGGUUAUCAAAAGUAUGAGGUUAGAUUCACUGAUGUUGCAUAUGGAGUGGAUCUAAUUGCAAAGAAGUGUGCCUGUAGAAUAUGGCAACUUACAGGGAUACCAUGCUUACAUGGAGUGGCAGCAAUAUCUUACUUAAAUCAUGAUGCUGAGGCAUAUGUGUCCCAAUCAUACACUACUGAGGCUUACCUAAAAUGCUACAAAUAUAGCAUUAAUCCUCUCAAUAGUAGUGAAAUGUGGCCAGAUGUUCCAUACCAUAAGCCUUUGCCUCCCAAAAGAAGAAGAUUAUCUGGUAGGCCAUCUGUGAAAAGGAAGAGGGAUGCAAUUGAACGAGAGUUGAGUGGAUCAAUUAGACAAACUGUCUCAAGAAGGGGUAGCAUAAUAAAGUGUGGUAUUUGUAAGGAACCAGGUCACAACAAGAAAAAGUGUCCAUCUAACCAACAAAGCAAUACAUCAGUACCAAGUUCAUCCAGGGGCAGUGGAGCAGACCCAAGUUUAUCCAGGGGCAAUGAAGGACCACCACCUCCUCCACCACCACCUGCAGCCCAACAACCUCCUCCACCACCACCUGCAGCCCCCAUGCCAAGAAGAAGGGUCCCAGUUAGUAGAAGUGGAAGGAGGAAAUAUUUGAACGGAUUAUCAAACAAGCAUUAAGGAGGCAGAUACCUGGGGUUGGGAGCAAUGCAGAUAACCCUUCAGUUAUUGAUUAAUUUAGGGGAUAAUAGUGGGUGGGUAGGAAUAUCUUUUGUAAGGCAGUUGUGAUGUAAAGACAAAGUAGUAGUCUUUUUAUUAUGCUUUUCUAUGGUACUAUCAAGUAGGUGUAUGGGCACAUGGUGGCCCUUCUUUUGUCUAUGCAGGAAUCUUUUGUGUUACCUAGAAACUACUUUUGUGUAUGCAGACAAAAACUUAUAUAACUGUAGAAUAUUAAUGGCGUAUUACAAUGAAUCCAACCACCACAUUCACUUA